AUGUUGUGCCCCACUGACGUGACGGGCAAAAACCCCAAGUGCGAGUUGGCGCCUGACGUGAUCAACAACAGCUGGGGUGGCGGGUCUGGCUCCAACUGGUACCAAGCCAACGUGGACGCGUGGCGCGCUGCUGGCAUCAUCCCCGUGUUUGCCAACGGCAAUGCCGGCCCCAACUGCGGCACCGCCAACUCCCCUGGGGAUUACAAGAAUGUCAUUGGCGUGGGCGCCGUGGGCGUCGACGACAAGCUGGCCAGCUUCAGCAGUCGCGGACCCACUAAAGACGGCCGCGUCAAGCCCGACGUGUCGGCCCCUGGGAACCAGGUGCGUUCGGCGUGGCACACUGGCAACAACGCCUACAAGACCAUCUCGGGCACGUCCAUGGCGUCUCCCCACGUCACGGGUGCCGUCGCGCUCUACUUGUCUGCCAACAAGGCGGCCACGUACGACGACGUGUACAAGGCGUUCACGACCACCGUGGACACUGCGACGCUGACCCCGAACAACACAAACUGUGGUGGGGUGUCGGAUGCUACCUACCCCAACAACAACUACGGGUUUGGGCGCAUCAACGUCGCUCGUGCGACUUCUGGUGGCAUCGCUCCCCCAUCCCCCAGUAGCACCCCUGUCCCGACGUCCACCUCUUCUGCACCGUCGACGGCUGCCCCUUCCUCAGCCGCCCCCAUCACGCCGACUCCAACCACCUUGGACCCUGUCCCCACCUCUGCUCCUACCAAUGUCCCUGUGACAAGCACCGUGGCCCCUGUUCCGACUUCCGCUCCUACCACUGCCCCAGCACCAACCCCAUGCAAUGGCUGCACGGCGUGUUAUGCCACGUUGAUCGACUACUGUUUCCCGCCUCGCUACACCCAAGCGCAAUGCACCACAUUCACGCACUUCAAUGCCAUCUGGUGCGGCAAGAAGUAG